AUGAGCCCAAUAUUAAAGGAGAUGGACGCCGCCAACGCGGCACAGGCACCCCCGACAACCAGUAACGAAAGGGCUGCGUUGGAGCCUGCUGUGGUCGUCCCUCCGCAUGCUCACGAAAGGAGCGCGGACACCAAUGCACUAGAAAUGGUUUUCACGAUACUGAGCGGCAUGGAAGAGCGCACGAACAAGAUGGAACUGUUCAGGCGAGGCUUGCUGAAGAAGAGCGCACGCGAGGCACUGUUGACAGUGGUAUUUUCGGCUCCAUGCUCGGCGCUGACUUCGUGGGCAGGCUACAUCGAGAUGCUCUCGACGAUCGGAGUUGACAAGUCAUCAAGCACCGCGACAUGCGACGGAUAA